AUGAAGGUCUUCCGAACUUGGGUUGGGAAUAACAUCAUAGGGCCAGAUAAGGACACCGUGACCAAUGCAGUGAUGGUCAUGCCGUUUGGCUCUGCGGUGCCGAAAUACCGCGACGACGCAAACAACAUUGUGAGAUCAUCGGUUUUCUACUUGCCAGCGGUCCUCCAGUUGCCAACGCUCAUAAUACUCAUUGGACAAAAAUCGUACGACUCGCGGAUCAGCGGUUUGAAAGAGUACCUGCCAAUCGUGAGUAGUUUCAUGGGCGCGAAAGGUAGCGAUGUGCUGCUUCUCAAUCUGGCCGAAGGGGCGCUUAAAGAUGCGAAUUGGUAG